AUUGUUAGAAUUCUUUUCUAUAUUUGGCUAACAUGUUUUGCAUUUAUGUGAUUCUGUUAACAGGAUAUGGAGAAUCGUCUAAAAGUCAAUUUUCAUAAUCCUAUAAAUUAUGAUAUGAAAAUCUUCAUAAAAACGAUUUCCAAGAUGCUAACAUGGCGGCACAAGUCUAUUUAAAGCUCCACAAAUUGGAUGAUAGGCAUUUUGGGUUGGUCUAUCCACCAUAUUUAGAUUGCACAAGUCGUUUAACAGUUCUACCUGCAAUGAAAAGGGGACGGAGUUUAGCAGACCGUCUCCAACAAAACCAUUUCUCUCUAUGAUUAUUAUGGGCAUGUGCCAUUUCAAUUUUCAGAAUAUUUAAGAUCUGUGUUGAGGUGCAUAACCUUUAAAUUUUAUAUCAAUCAUGCAUAAAUAGUAUCAUAUGAUACUAAGUUCUUAUUUAUUUUGUGAACGGGGACAUACUUAAGGCAUUGAUAUCUCUGAAGGAACAGGGACCAAAAUGGAUCUCCGUGCAUUUUCAUAACAGAUUUCAAAAAUAAUGCAGGAUUAAUCAGGAAUUACUCGAUGUGUAUUUUUGGAUCAAGGCUGACAAAAUCCUUUUUUGGAAAAAUUUGGUAACAUAUUUUGAGGCUAUUCAAAUCGCAACACCAUGGAACAUUGACAUUUUUGCAAAUUGGAAAAAAAGUUGUAGAUGGGGAUGAUAAAUUGAAAAUCAUGAGAAGAAUUUAUGAUUCAGCCUCACGACGCAGCUCUACAUCCUCCUCAACAAACAGAAUUGCUGGGUCAAACUGGGAAUGCGGCAUAAAAUUUAUCCGAGCAUGUAUUGUACAUUUUAAAAAAACAGCAGCGGAAGCUAAACGUCAGGGUUGAAGACUUUCAAUUGAAAAUAAGACUGAGAUUCUAAGACUCCUUGACUAUCACUUUCCUCAACAUUUACAGUUAGUGGUUAGGCAAGCAACCAAAAACAUCAGUACAACAUUAAAACCGUCAUUUUUGCCGAGCCAGCCCAGGUACGAUCCUCAAGUUUGGAGGUUUAUAUAACAAAUUGAAGUUAACCCUGUCAAAUUUUAUGUUAGGAGAAGCUAAUUAGUGUGCUAAUUGGUUACAUUGUUUGUGAGGUGUAAAAGUAAUUCAUAAUGAUCCCUAUAUGAGUUUGUUGAACUUAUAAUAGACCCGGAGUUGGAAGAAGUGAAUGAAAGAUCCGCAACCGUUUAGGAAUAAAUGGUUCAGGUGUUUACCGUAGGAACAACAGAGUGGAGAAACCAAGGAGCUACGCCUCCACAAUUGGCGGCUGUAAUCGAACCACCUGAGGUUCUAGUUGAAGGAUCUCUCCAUUGGGUGACUGUUGUUGGGAUGGGAGGGGUUAGUCAUAUCUUUGGUAUUAUCUCCUUCGAGCUUGCUGAUGAGCAAAACCGUUUUAAGGAAUCUUGGGUAAAACAAUUCUCCUUUGCUCCCCCAUUCUGCUUUGAUCCCAAUUAUCGUACUGGAUGGCUAAGCUCAAGAAGAUUUCCCGUAGUUAUAUGUGCACUGAAGAAUGGUGAGAUUCUGUUGCAGUAUGAUGAGAGUUCUUUGGUUUCUUAUGAUCCGGCAGAAAACAGAGUCAAGACUCUUCAAAUGAGUGGGUUACCCAAGGAUUUCCUGUCACUUCCUUUUCUACCUUCUCUUUUCUCAGCAAAGGCAACCAUGAAUUUGCAACUUUAACUCUCUCUCUUGAAUCAUCCCCUCUUCUGUAAGAUUACUGCAACAGGAUCAUAAGAAACCAGUUGUGUCUCUUUUCUCUUGAAUCAAUGCAUCAGUAACAGUUGUGUUAUUUACAUCAUCAUGGAUGACCUCUGUUGUAUGGGAAUGAGACCCACCUGACAAUUAUCUGCCUUUUUCUCGAGAAGCAGUUCUUUAGAACAAGGAGAUUAUGUUGGACUGGAAAAAGUCCCAUAAUGCUCCUCUUGGAAUGGUGAUUAAAGAUUUUGCUUCGAGCUGGGUGAGAAGAUUCAUAGGAGUUUUAUAUGUCCUGAAGAACGGGAAGAUUGUGUUGGAGUGUAACACAAUCAAAAUUUAAUAAAUCUGCCCUCAUCAU